AUGGAUAAUCUCUUAAUUAACUACUCGUUUAGUACACUGCUUUUGUUCUUUCCAUCCCUCGUCAUGUUUGCCAUUGACCAUAACACGGUUUCCCUCUCUGGAUUCCAGAUUCCAGUGGCUCUUCUUGUUCUGUUCACUGUAACCUCCGUCGUACAAUGGACUUUGAAAUUUUCAAAAAAGUACCCUCCUGGGCCAAUGGGCAUACCCUUCUUUGGUAACCUUUUCCAACUAUCAAAACAGGGUCUGAACCAAUGGGGUCAUAUAUACGGCGACAUGGCGUAUCUCAAAGUCUUUGGUCAAGGAAUCCUCUUGAUCAACUCUCACACCGCUGCUAUCGACCUUUUACACCGUCGCAGCACCAUUUAUAGUGACAGGCCCAGCUUCGUUGUCAUUAACGCCCUCACUCGGGGAUUAUUUCUGGGAGUCCUCAGCUACGGUGACGUGUGGCGCAAAUUCCGUCGUGGUGGGCAUGAGAGCAUGAGCAAAGGCGCCAUGGGCCGUUACCACAAAUUGCAGGAGCGAGAGGCCCUUAUAUUCACCGAAAACUUGCUGAAGGACUCGAGCGACUGGCACCAGGAAGUGUCACGAAUGACGAUAUCUAUGCUUUUGUCUACGGUGUACGACUUACCCGCAACAAUUUCGAAAGAUGAUCCUAUCAUUGCCAAGUUCAACAGAUUUGACAAUCUCUUGAUUGAAGCGGCGUUUCCUGGAAAUUAUCUUGUUGAAUUCUUCCAUUGGAUCAAGUUUCUACCUUCAUUCAUUGUUCCCUGGAAGAAGAGAAUGGCUGAUGGCUAUGUCGAGUUUUCCGCCUUCUUCGAAAAGCUCUGGAAUGAUACCGCAAAACAAGUUGAUGCAGGAGAAGAGAAGCCUGGUAUCGCUGGAUAUAUAUUGCGUGAGCGGCAGAAAUUGGGAUUUACCGAAGCGCAAGCUGCCUGGCUCCCUGCCACCUACGCAAACGGGUCAGCUUCCAUUACGGAGGUAAUGCUUUGGUUUUUCCUGGCCAUGGUGGCGUUUCCGGAACAGCAGAAGCGCUGCCAAGACGAGCUCGAUGCUGUUGUCGGUCGGUCCAGGAUGCCAACAGCGAGCGACGCUGAAAACCUUCCUUACAUGAAGGCAUUGGUCAAGGAGGUCCUGCGCUGGAGGCCGGUUUCCCCCCUCGGAACGCAGCAUGUGGUAAAGCAAGAUGACUGGUACGAAGGGCGCUUCAUUCCGAAAGGCACAAUGUGUUUUGCAAAUAUAUGGUUAAUGAAUCGGGAUAAGACAGUCUAUGGUGAAGACGCCGACGAAUUUAAUCCUGGUCGUUUCCUUGACAAGGAUGGCAAUUUUGUUGACAUCGUUGGUAAAACUAAAGACGGUUACCUGGAAUCUGAAGGCCACGUCGCAUAUGGAUUUGGCGCUAGGAUAUGCCCUGGUCGGUACUAUGCAAAUGAAGCCUUACUCAUUGUAUUUUCGAGGCUACUGUGGGCUGCUACCAUAAAGCCUGGAAUCAACGCUAGCACAGGGAAAUCGACAAUUCCCGACUUGAGAGAGACUGUAGGAGCCGGGAUUACGAUGCGUCCCCCGAAUUUCGAUAUUAUGGUACAGCGUCGAUUCGACGAAGCACCCGCGCUGUUAUUGCAAACAAAGGAGCUCCUUUGA